AUGUUGCUGGUGGGAGGUGGCUAUGAUAUCAGCCACAGAUUCCUGAGUUUGUUGGCGAUCAAUAUUGACAUAGUCGGGUACACGGAAAUGGACUUUUUUAGUCUUUAUUUCAGUGACGACUUUGUGAAUCUAAUGGUGGAGCAAACUAACAUGUACGCUCAACAGGCACUUUCAGAAAACAUGUCUAUAAUUGCCACCCAUCAUCCCUCCUGCCUAACACAGGACUCCAUGUCAACUGAAAAUACAUUUCCAUCGAACAAUACCUCUAAAGAAUAUACAACUGCUUUUUGCUGUAUUUACAUUGGAAACUCUCUAUUGGGGCUGACGGUCAACAGUUUGGUUAUGUGGGCAAUCUGGCCACAAGUCAGUAGUUCACCGGGUCUUGCCAUUUAUGUAGUCAAUCUUCUCUGUGCUGCACUCCUGGAAUGUCUGAUCUUACCAUUUGGAGUAGCCUACCUUUUACACAGCUCGGCAGUGGGCCCUGUGGGCUGCCAUGUUCUUGGCCUAAUUCCUAAGGUAGCUCAGAGGACUGCAACAAUGUUAUGCAUUUGGAUAUUUGUUGUACGAUAUGUAGCAGUAUCUCACCCACUCAACUUCAGGAAAUUUUGUAAAGGUCGGGUAGUUGGGUCAAUGAGUAUUACAAUAUGGCUGACAGCAUUUACCAUUUCAAUAACUGAGCAAGUACUUUCCAAAAACCAUACAGAUUUCUGUUUCCCUGCUUAUGGAUUCACAUCAAAAUGGCCACCCCUGCAUUUGAUCAUUUCAUUUGUUUUUAGCCAUGUAACCCUCAUUCUUCUUUCUUUAUUCACUUACCUAAUCUCCUGUGUAGUGAAGAACUCUGACACAGUGCCCGCUGAACAGUAUAAAAGGUUCAGUAGGUUACUUGUUUUUGUUGUUGUCAAUUUUGGUGUAUUUUUUUGCCCAAUGCAUAUCAUUUGGCAAUUCCAUAAUAUUAUUAUAUUACUUGGUAAAUCAAAUUUUCAGGUACAGCAAAAACUUUAUAUGCUUUAUCAGAUGCUGUUUACUUUUAAUAGUUUUAGUGUUGUAAUUACCCCUAUGUUUUAUAUAAUAAGUUCCAGUACAGUGAAAACAAGACUUAAGGGGCUUAUCAAGUGCAGAUAAAGAAUAUUUUCUGUUGUGGGAAUUGCUAAAAAGCCUCCAAAAGGUAAAUUUUUGCAAAAAAUAAAUAAAAAAUCCACAUGAAAUCUGCAACAGGCAGGGCAUGGUGAAGACUUAGA